GCGCCGCCUGACCGCUGGGUGUCACUGUGGCGCUGUGUCUGAAAGCCGCUGCUUCUCUCUCUGCUGCUCCUGUCAGAUAAUCACUGUCCGUGUUCCCUGUUGCGCUGCGGCGGAGUUCAGACUUUGAAAGUCCCAUUAAUGCAGUCUUUGAUCAUGAAGAGCUCCAAAGAGGCCGUACAGUCCGCUGCCAAAGAGUUCCUGCAGUUUGUUAACAGAGGAGUGUCUCCAUAUCACGUGGUUGAAGAAUGCAGGCAGCGUCUGUUGGAGGCAGGAUUCAUCGAGCUGAAGGAGACGGAGCAGUGGGACAUCAAACCGGCCAGCAAGUACUUUGUGACCAGGAACUUCUCCAGCCUUAUCGCCUUCGCUGUGGGCGGACGCUACCUGCCAGGAAACGGUUUCUCCAUGAUCGGAGCCCACACAGACAGCCCCUGCCUGCGGGUGAAGCCGAGGUCUAAGAGGACGAAGCAGGGCUGUCUGCAGGUCGGGGUGGAGUGCUACGGUGGCGGCAUCUGGAACACCUGGUUUGACCGUGACCUGACCAUCGCCGGCCGAGUUAUGGUCAAGAGUGACGGCAAGCUCGUCCACCGGCUGGUUCACGUCGCCAGGCCUCUGCUCAGGGUCCCUCACCUGGCCAUCCACCUGCAGCGGGACAUCAACGACUCCUUCGGCCCCAACAAGGAGAACCACCUCGUGCCCAUUAUCGCCACCGUUGUCCAGGAGGAGCUGGAGACAGGCAGUGCUUCCUCUGGAGACGCCUCCUGUGCUGCCAGCACGGCAGAGAAACACCAGCCAGCGCUGGUGAAGGUGCUGUGUUCGGAGCUUGGCGUCAAGCCUGAAGCCCUGCUGGACUUUGAGCUCUGUCUGGCUGACACUCAGCCUGCGGCUUUGGGAGGUGUGUAUGAGGAGUUCAUUUACUCUCCUCGUCUGGACAACCUUCACAGCUGCUACUGCGCCCUGCAGGGGCUGAUGGAGUCCUGCUCCGGAGACUCUCUGUCCAAAGAUCCCAACGUCCGCAUGAUCACUCUGUACGACAACGAAGAGGUGGGGUCAGAGAGCGCUCAGGGUGCUCAGUCCAACCUGACGGAGCUCAUCCUCAGCCGCCUCGCCUCCUCCUCCUCCAACCUCACCGCUUUCCAGCAGGCGGCGCCGCUCUCCUUCAUGAUCAGCGCUGACAUGGCGCACGCCGUCCACCCCAACUACCAGGAGAAACAUGAAGAGAACCACCGACCAUCUUUCCACAAGGGCCCGGUGAUCAAGUUCAACAGUAACCAGCGCUACGCCACCACCGCCGUCACCGCCUCCGUCGUCAGGGAGGUGGCCAGCCGGGUUGGCGUACCUCUGCAGGACGUGAUGGUGCGUAACGACAGCCCGUGUGGAACCACCAUCGGACCCAUCCUGGCCGCCCGCCUCGGCGUCCCCGUGGUCGACAUCGGAGCGCCGCAGCUCUCCAUGCACUCCAUCAGGGAGAUGUGCUGCACCUCCAGUGUCCUGCAGAGCACCACCCUCUUUAAGGGUUUCUUCGAGUUGUUCCCGACAGUGAGGAGCACGCUGGUCGUCGAUUAGAGCCGGGAAAGAAAAGGACCACGCGUCAUUUUCAACAUAAGAGACCAUUAGGAGUCAACGUUAAAGAACAGCGCUGUUUGUGUUGGAAAUGACAAAUCCUUUUUGUGCACCUCCAUUUUAAAACCCUGUAAUUAGAAUGAAAAUCACAUACAGAGAUUACACAAGCACUUCUUGAUCUUUCUUAUGAAAUGAAGUUGUUUACAAAAUAAUAAAAGACUUUAAAAUCUU